CAAGUACCUGUCCAGAAUGUCUCUUAAGUGUUGUUACUGUUCCUGCCUCUACCACCUCCUCUGGCAGCUCAUUCCAGAUACCAAACACUCUUUGUGUGAAAGAAUUACCCCCUCACAUCCCCUUUAAAGCUCCCCCUUCUCACCUGUAGUUUUCAACACCCCAACCAUGGGAAGCAGCCACUGGCCACCCUACCUAUGCCACUCACAAUUUUAUAUAACCUCCAUUAUGUCACCUGUCAGUCUCCUUCACUCCAGGGACAUGGCCUCGUUCGCAAUGCUGACACGUUUGGUCCAUCCUGGACUGAGCAUGCCAAGGUAUUAGCGGUGAGCCUCCUUCAGUAAUCGCUGCAGUCUUUCUGGGGAAGGCACUCCCGCAAUGAGGCUGGGUGCAAGGUUCCAGCACUUGAAGCCGGUGCAGAUAUAUUUCCAGAUGAGGAGGAGUUGUAACCUGAAGGGGAAUCUGCGGCUGCUGGUGGUCGAGCUCAGGAUUUGGCGGAAGGGAAAGCACGGAAAGAUCAUCUCGAGGAGAGAAGAAGUCCAGAAGGUAUCGGAUCAGGGCUUAGCACCAUCCUGUAGAGAGAAGGGGCCAUCAGAAGAUCUCACGUGACACGGCGACUGAUCCAAAGUUGUCUGGGGGACAGAGGCCGCGGGCCGUCCUGCGGAGGUUGUGACUUCCACCCCCGGGAGCACAGGUGUCAGCGAUGGAGGCUUCACAGACGGCAAGCUCAGACCAAACACUGUACCACGAUCCGCCCGAGUCACUCGAGCCGCCGGGCUCGGAGCAUCAUCGACCUUUGAGUUUGGAAGGAAAAAAUUCCAUUCCCGUAGAGGAGAAAUGGUUUCCGUGCGCCGAAGGUGGGCAGGGCUUCGGCCGGGCUCCCGGACUGUCGAGGCACCAGUGCAGUCACACCGGGGACAAACCGUGGAAAUGCGGGGACUGCGGGAAGGGGUUCAGUUACCCGUCGCAGCUGGAGAUGCACCGGCGCAGUCACACAGGGGAGAGGCCCUUCACCUGCUCGGUGUGUGGGAAGGGGUUCACUCAGUUAAGCCACUUGCCCAGGCACUACCAGGUUCACUUUGUGGAGAAACUGUUCACCUGCUCUGUGUGCGGCAAGGGGUUCACUCAGUCGUCCAGCCUCCUCACUCACCAGCGACUGCACACCGGGGAGAGGCCGUUCAGUUGCUCCGUGUGCGGGAAGCGAUUCACUCGUUCCUCCCACCUUCUGGCACACCAGCGAGUGCACACCGGGGAGAGGCCUUUCAUCUGCUCCAUGUGCGGGAAGGGGUUCCGCAGUUCCUCCAACCUGCGCAAGCACCAGCGGGUCCACAAGUGACUGCAGAGGCUGGACUCUCGCUGUGGUCGAGCGUUGAACCGGGUUCACUCUCACAGCCGUGGGUUGUACCGGCUGAUGUUCUCAGCUUGGAUAACUGGGUUGGGGGGGGUGGCAAAUAAAAUCAGAUCAUCGCUGGA